AUGCGGGCACCUGGGUUGGACUCGGGGUACCUAGGUAUUAUUUGGUGUAUUCGCUACUGCAAACCGCAGGAUAUCAUCGUUCCCCUUAUCCUUCUUGACGUCUCUGCCAGAGCGCCGAAUCCAGCCAGAGCCGUGUACCUGACUAGGGCCAUCCUUCCACAGCAGGGGUUUGGUGUUGUUGGCAGAGAAGGCGAGGACCCCAAGCAGCGCCAACGCCAAGGGGGAACAACUAGCCAGGUUAGUGGAUUGGACUGUGCAUUACAGAUCUACUGGGAGAAUUGGGAGAAUUGGGAGGACUGGGGGACUGGGGGACUGAGAGACUGUGAGACUGUGAGACUGAGAUAUGCCCCAGGCAAAAUGUGCCAAUUAUCUUGCCCUUCCGGGGGUUCUUUUAUAGAUUUCGAGGAGAAUGAAAGAGAAGAGCGUAAUAAUCAAGUAAAUACGACAAAGGACAAGAGUUAUCAUUCGGAAAAGCUUGUCACUAAUGCGUGGAGCAGGGUGUGCUGUGCUCGUGUAAUGUCCAAUCAACCUUUCAUCGCGGGGAUUUCUCACUCCUUCAGCUUCAAGUCAAUUCCUUUGAUCAAACUCCAGAGCACGUACACCGUACACAACUAUUUGUCUGCGAUUCAAGAGAACGGCGCAAUGGAGCUGUUCCCCUCUGUAGAAAGGGGAAAUGGCUCCACUUCCCCUUCCCCCGUCGCUGCCCAACUCCCACCAGUCCCGCCAACCAACAAGUAUCCCCCCCCGUCAACACGGUCAGACAGAGCUUCUAAACCCUCCGAUACUUCCCCGGCCGCUUCUAGUCGCCUCCGCAGCGCGUCCCUGAUAUUCCUCGAGUCAAACCCGCCCUCGGGCAUGUGGAUGGCAACUGGAGAUAUUGCAUCUCGCGCUCCAACUCUCAACGAGAUCCGUGCUGGCUGCUUCAGCGCCGAUGGCUGGACGGAGGAAGGCCAGAUCCAGCGUUUCAAAUUGUCCAGAGCAAAUACCUCUGUGCCGCGCGUUGCCGUUACGAAGUCGAAUGCUCUCAAGGAACAGGAGCAAACGGCUCACUUACGGCGGAGUAAUACGGCUCCUUCAUGGAAUAGCGGCAAUGAUACGAUUACAAUUACAGGAGGAAAAUACAUGAAACAAGGGGACGACUGCAUAUCGCGUCAAUCUACAGAACGACCACUCACGUUGUCUGUGAAAAGCGCCAUAGAUACUAAAUCCGCGCAAGCAGCCUCCCCUCCCCGCAUCCCCGAUGAAACUGGCACAUAUCCCAACGGCUACCGCUUCCCACCAAAACACACAUGGAGCCAAGCCACAAUAAUUGGUCUGAAGGCCUUUGGCCGCUUCGUAAUCACCCCUUUCGGCCUGUUGGUGACAGUUUACGGCCUCAACAUCGUAGCGUGGGGCGCCAUGAUCUUCUUCCUGCUCCUCAACGCCGCGCCCGCACUGUGCAACUCGAGUUGCUCAGCGUCAAACUCGGCGCGCAAAAUCUGGAUCGAAAUCGACUCGCAGAUCCUCAACGCCCUAUUCUGCGUCACGGGCUUCGGCCUCAUCCCCUGGCGCUUCAGGGACUUUUACUACCUCCUGCAGUGGCGAACAAUAACAGCGGCAGCGACAGCGGCAGCGGUAACAACAGCAUAG